UCAGGAGAUACACCGCCUACUUGGACCAAAGUUACGCAUUGAGCAGCUCCCCAUGCACACGCUGAAGCAAGGCAAGCAGAGGAAUUUCAGGGUGCAGGAAGGACCGCUCCUCCCUCUCUGUCUCUCUCUCUCCCUCUCUCUCUCUUUUUCUCUCUGCAUCCGAUUUUCCUCUCAUCUCUCCACUGCUCUGUGCUGAGAAAAGGGGGGAGGCGAGGAAGGGUAGGAAGGUGGUCUUGCAGUCGACGAGCGAAAAAAAAAAGGGAACAUGAGUUUGCUGGGGAGCAGCUGCGGCGAGAGGGGAGAAAACCUUUGCACAGGAGCCCUGCGGAUCGGCGAAGGAGGGACGAACGACCACGCUCUGCUCGGAGUCCGCCGCUUCAAUUGUUUAACUUGUUGAUGCGCCGUUACAGCAGUUCUCCCUUUCUCUUCUUCUUUUUGCCCCCUCCUCUUGUCUUCAGUCGCCUGGGCUGCAGUGGGUAAUUGAUGGCUGGCGGGAUUGCAAAUGUUCUCUUCCGAGGAUUAGUGUUUCAUUGACUUCGUCGCGGACGCAGAUUAAUGAUGGAGCUUCUCUGUGAUGCAAUCUAUCUCUGAGCCCGUAGCACUGUGACAAGCGGAGAAGGGUCGUUUAAAAAAAAAAACCAACAACAACAAAAAACCCACUACAGGUCAGCAUGGCAGCAGGUGUAGCGGCAUGGCUUCCCUUCGCCAGAGCGGCGGCCAUCGGGUGGAUGCCCGUGGCGAGCACCCCGAUGCCCAUCCCUCCCCAGGACAAGAGGAAAGCCCAGGACGGACUCAUCAUCCUCAACGUGAGCGGCACCAAGUUCCAGACGUGGCGGACCACGCUGGAGCGGUACCCGGACACGCUGCUGGGGAGCACCGAGAGGGACUUCUUCUUCCACGAGGAGACCAGCGAGUACUUCUUCGACCGCGACCCCGACAUCUUCAGGCACAUCCUCAAUUUCUACCGCACGGGCAAGCUGCACUACCCGCGCCAGGAGUGCAUCUCGGCGUACGACGAGGAGCUCGCCUUCUUCGGCAUCAUCCCCGAGAUCAUCGGGGACUGCUGCUACGAGGAGUACAAGGACCGGAGGCGCGAGAACGCGGAGCGGCUCCAGGACGACGAGGAGAUGGACAUGAGCAACGAAGUCGCGCCGGUGAAUCUGACGUACCGGGAGUAUCUGUGGCGGGCUUUUGAAAACCCGCACACCAGCACCCUGGCGCUGGUGUUCUACUACGUGACGGGCUUCUUCAUCGCCAUCUCGGUGAUGGCCAACGUGGUGGAGACGGUGCCGUGCGGGACUCUGCCCAACAGGUCCAAGGAAUUGUCCUGCGGGGAGCGCUACGCGCUCGCCUUCUUCUGUUUGGACACGGCGUGCGUCAUGAUAUUCACGGUCGAGUACCUGCUUCGCCUGAUCGCCGCCCCGAGCCGCUGCAAGUUCAUGAAGAGCGUGAUGAGCGUCAUCGACGUGGUGGCGAUCAUGCCCUACUACAUCGGCCUGGUCAUGACCGACAACGACCAGGUGAGCGGGGCGUUCGUCACGCUGAGGGUCUUCCGCGUCUUUCGGAUUUUCAAGUUUUCCCGGCACUCGGCGGGGCUGCGCAUCCUGGGCUACACCCUGAAGAGCUGCGCCUCCGAGCUGGGCUUCCUCCUCUUCUCCCUCACCAUGGCCAUCAUUAUAUUCGCCACGGUCAUGUUUUAUGCAGAGAAAGGCUCCACAGCAACCAAGUUCACCAGCAUCCCCGCAGCCUUUUGGUACACCAUCGUCACCAUGACAACACUGGGAUACGGUGACAUGGUGCCAAAGACGAUUGUGGGGAAGGUGUUUGGGUCCAUAUGUUCUCUGAGUGGGGUGCUGGUCAUCGCCCUGCCCGUCCCUGUGAUAGUGUCAAACUUCAGCCGUAUUUACCACCAAAGCCAACGGGCGGAGAAACGACGAGCCCAGAGGAAAACUCGCCUCGCUAGAAUCCGUGCUGCCAAGAUUCGGGGCACUAACGCCUAUAUGCGCUACAAACAAAACGGGCUCCUGAUCGACGCGCUGGAGGAGGCCUCUAAGCAAGCAGGACAGGCCCUGGUUGGAAAGGCGGCCAGCCCUCCGUUUGAGAGCCAACAUCAUCAUUUGCUGCACUGCCUGGAGAAGACGACGAAUCACGAGUUCGUGGACGAGCAGACGUUCCAGGCCAACUGCAUGGAGAUCUCAGUGGUGAACAAGGCGGGCUCGCGCACGUCCUCGCUGUCCUCGUCGCCGCACGGCCUCGGCUCCUGCUGCUCGCGGCGCCACCGGAAGAAGAGCAGCUUCAGCCUGCCGAGCGCCAACAACCAGGAGCUCAGCACCAUCCAGAUCCGAGAGCGGCCCGUGUCCAACAGCCGCUCCAGCCUGAACGCCAAACUGGACGAGACGGUGCCCUUGAAGUGCGACGAGGCUUACAUCUCCCCGUCCAUGGUCCGGCUGUCCGCCCCGGUGGCGACCUCGUCGGGCGACGCCUCCACCGCCACCACCACGUACUCGCAGAGCAACAUUGUCCGAGUAUCUGCCUUGUAGAUGUCGCACCUGCCUCGCCCGAUCAGCCCAAGCGGGUCUCGAGAAGCACCAGAUGCUGAGGAGAGGGACCACCGAGCAUCAACCUGCCAUAACCGAGAGGGAUUGUGAGCUUGACAAGCGGUCGGGGGACUUUUUUUAUUUUGAAGUUGUGAUUUCAUCUGAUGUCAAACUCUGCAUGGUGUUACAAAAGAAAACACACACACACACACCCACACACACACACCCACACACACACACACACACACACACACACACACACACACA